GUUGGGUUUUACCGUACAGUACACUCCGUUGUUUUGAUGAGAAUAGAUGUGUAGUUGAGGUAAUCGUCGAUUGAGAAAUCCCUUGAAUCAUUUCGAUAAAAUAUUAGACUAGGUAGCUCGUUAGUUGCUACUUUUCCGAUCAAGUCGCUUAAAAAAGGCGACUUGAUUUAGCCAAUACGAGCGUCUUUGUAAAAUCAGGUCGAAAGGGAUGCCGCUGCAGACAGACUCCGACGGACGUCAACAGUCUUUGGAUUUAAUUUCAUCGCAUUUAAUCGGGCAGAGCAGCUUUUCUAUAAACUUAAAAGGCCUCAGAAUAAUUCCUUCUCGACCGAGUGCUUUUGUAAGAUGCCUAAGCUCGAGUGCGAAUUAAUAGCUCGGCUGUGAAUUGAAGACAGGAGCGUUAAUAUUCAGCAAGCUAAUCGCUAACAUUAGCUGGUCAACAACAAAGCGGGGAUCUUUAAUCUUUUGCUUCGCAGAGUAACCCGUUAGGUUACGAAGAAGAGUGUCUACAGCCAACGGCUUGACUUUUGAACCCGUCGUUUUCUGCCUGGGCUGAAAAAAAUUGCUCGCCAGCAAUGAAACUUUUGGAAAACUCCAGCUUCGAAGCCCUCAGCUCUCGGCUGUGUGUUGAAACAGGAGAGUCUCGCAUCCUUGGCAGGAUUGAGAGCUACUCCUGUAAGAUGGCAGGGGAUGACAAACAUAUGUUCAAGCAGUUCUGCCAAGAGGGGGAGCCACAUGUCCUGGAAGCCCUCUCCCCCCCCCAGUCCACCAGCACCACCAGCCCUUCACAGCUGGGAAAGAGCAGUGAGGAUGGGGAGAACCCUCUGAGUGACAAGUGUUGCAGGAAGACUCUUUUCUACCUCAUCACAACGCUCAACGAGUCCUUCAGGCCCGACUAUGACUUCAGUGCGGCGCGGGCCCACGAGUUCAGCAGAGAACCCAGCCUGAACUGGGUGGCUAAUGCAGUAAAUGGCAGCUUGUUCUCGGCUGUGGGAGAGGAGUUCAACUCUCUGGGGCCAGAGCUGUGGAAUGCCAUCGACCAAGAAAUCAACCUGCAGGGCUGUGACAUUUACAGCUACAACCCUGAUCUGGACUCAGACCCUUUUGGUGAAGAAGGGAGUCUCUGGUCCUUCAACUACUUCUUCUACAACAAGAAACUGAAGAGGAUUGUAUUCUUCACGUGCCGCUCAGUCAGCGUUUUGAGUGGCUAUGGCCGUGAUUGUCUCGACAACGAGCUGGACAUGGAGCUGGAUGACGAGGAGGAGAUGGACGGCUUCACUGAGGACAGGUUCCCCAGAGCUCUGUGCGUGUGAUUUUCCACGAUGGACAGGCUUUGGCCAAAGAAUAUCUUGACUUUUCCUCCUCUCCUCCUUUUUGUUUUUUUUUUUUUUUGUCUUUUGGAAUUUUGCUGCCUCAUCCAAAGUCCUUUUCAUACAUUACGCCCAUGCAUGUCUGAAGGCUUCACUUCUGCUGGCAGUGAACUGUGUACCAUGAGGUGGUGGACAGUUUGUUGAGACCUCAUGGCGACUUUAAGCUCCUUCAUAGUUCGGUAUAUAUUUUUUGACCCUAAGCUUCAAGCGCGUCCUGUCAUCCAAAGAGACCAUUUCACAGACGUUUGAGGAGAGGGUCUUGUUAUGGAUGAGUGGCCAGCAAAGACUACAGGCAAGCUGAGUUUCUUGCAAACGAUGUCAAAAAGUGGACUCCAGACAACACCAGCAUCAACUCAAGAACUGCAACAUUUUAAGCCUUGUGAGAACUCGAGCAAGAAGCUGAACUGGAUCCAUGAAACCCCAGUUAGGACUGACUCUGUGAUCAGCUGAGAGCUCAUGCGUUGUUCGUCGUUUGCCAUUUUUGUGUGUUGCUUCUUACAUGCAGCAGUGAUGUUACUGUGAGGAUGUUUUCAGCACUGACUUUGAAAUGUAAAAACGCUGCAUUUAUAACUGAAACUUGUGUCACCGAACCUUCUUACUGCGAACGCUCGUCUGUACUUAACAGUGGGGCAUUGCCAAGGAAACUGUUGGCACCUGGCUUGCAGCUUGGAAAACAUAUCAGCUUUUAACAGAGGUCCUGUUGUUUUCUGUCAGUCCGCUGUUCUACUGUCCCAUGAAUCUUUCAGACAAUGUCUUCUGUCUUCCCCCAACACCUUUUCCUGGUUAAUCCUCCCCUCCUGUAUUUUAAAUGUCAGUCUUGCCAGUGUUUUUCUUUGGUCAUUACCUCUGACGCAAAGGCUUUGUUGAAAAGUGAAUGUAUAGUACAAUUUAGAGGAAAAAAAAAACCUACAGAAAGGCUGUUUUACAUAAUUUUUUUUCUUUUUUUUUAGAAAUAGAGAAGCUCCUCUUUACGUUCCUUACAAGUGGGUAGGAGUUCUGUGACUUUUCUUGACUGCUUUGUGCUUCGUUUAACUGGCCGGUUAUAUUACAGAUGUGAAUAAACUGUUGUGUGAAACAGA